GACCCCCAACAGCGGAAAUUUGUACUUCGCAACCUUUUGGGUUCCACACGGCUGUUAGCAGAAGUGCUGGACCUUUGGUGAACUAUUGUGACGCAGGGCCUUCCAUGUUAACAGCCACUGGCCAUUAGUCGCCCCGCAACACGUAGUGCUGUUUAGCUUCAACCUGAAAGGGUAGGCGCCCCAUGUCUGCUAGCAACAUGGUGGUGAGGAGCAGCUUCUCUGAAUGGCCACGGCCAUGAAGCUCGAAGGCUUAUUGUUGCGGCAGAGACAACGCAGAGGCUCAAGGCAAGGUUGUGGUUGAAGAGCCUAAGAGCAAUCCCGGAGAUGCCUGGCAAGAUGCCGCCAAGCAGAGUUUGACAACCGAGGACCACUGUUAUCCUGACUUUGCUUGACGAGCAAAGAGUGAUGCAGCUUGGGCGGGGCUGGAGUGGUUCUUUGCCGGGGUUCAAGGCUCAUGUGGAUAGGUCAUGCGCAAGGGCUUUCCUGACGAGCGCAAGCCUGUCAUUCUCAAAUGGCCGGCGCAAAGCCUCCUCGCCCGACCAAGAAGGCUAAGCCUUCAGCCGCUUGCAAGUGUGUUGAAGUGAUGUUUGCCGGCUUUGCUUUUCUAAUUCCUGUGCCAAUAUCUUUAGCCCCCUUGCACGCAAGCGAUCCUUGAGUCGCACAGGCGCUGAGCAGUGCUGGGCUGGAACGAGUUGCUGCGCCCCAUUUGCAGCCCACCGGCUUUUGACCUUGCGCGCGUUUGUUCGGCAGAGAUGGCAAGCUAUUUGGCAACUGAGCAGAAGUGCCACAGAGCCAGUGCUAAAAGAUAGGUGCCGCAGCGUAAAUCUCGAGUUGGAGGUUUGGCAAGAGGGGCUUGGGUAUUCAAAGGAAGGAUGGGCGCGGGCGCAGAAUCAACGCCUUUGUUUUGCAGGAGUUCAUAUUAGAGCCAUGAGUGCACUUUCGAGCGAUGCUGUUGCAGCGCAUAGGUAGCUAUUUUAGGCUGCAGCGCGCAUGCUCUUUUCGUGGGAUAUGUUUUAAGAAGCAACCGUUCACGAACGCUGGCUAAGAUUCAUGUAGGGCUUAGCUCUCGCACACCGCGCCGCAGGUUCCUUCUUCCGGUGUUCACCCGUCCGCAGCAUUUACAGCCCGUCAAUCAAGCCAUGCCAGGCAUGCUGCGCGUUCCAUGUAAGCCUUGCAAGCCUUGGGCUCAGGAUGUUUUGAGCGACGUGGAAAGCACCGCAGCGGGCAGUGACUGGGAGCCACUUAGUCCGUUGGCCAGCCCUUGCUCGAUCCCGUGCUCCAGUGAGUCAUUCGAAGACUCUUGGAAAAGCCAGGUGGUGGUCAAGAGCACUUUCCUGGACGUGGAGGACGUGCCCAGCCUCGCAGAGCGGUUCUCGCGGCUGCGCCGCGCCAAGACGCGGCCGUUAGAGCCAUCGCAGUUCUACGAGCCCGGCAAGUUCAGCAGGUGUGGAGACAGUGCUGAGCGCGUUUAUCUUUUGGAAGGCGCCGCGCGCAACCCCAACGCGGAGCAGAAUUUGUCGGAGCAGCCCUCUCAGUUGAGGAUUCAAGUCAAUGGAGUUCCCUUGAACGGCGAGGUGACAGACUGUGAGCCGGAACCAGAAGCAGAAAGCGAGCCUGCGUCGCGGGAUGCUAGCUUGCCUCAGGAGCCCGAGAAGACGCCCGAGAAGACAACUGUGAUGCUGCGGAAUGUGCCGAACAACUACACCCGAGACAUGCUGCUAAGUCUGCUGAACUCGAAGGGUCUCCGCGGCCGCUACAACUUCCUGUAUCUUCCUUGCGAUUUCAAGCGCAACGCGAAUCUCGGCUAUGCCUUUGUGAACCUGGUUGAUCGCAAGGCGGUCUCCGAGCUUUGGCGCCGCUUCGACGGGUUCAGGGGCUGGUGUUUGCCCAGCGCCAAGGUUUGCCAGGUCCGUUGGAGCGGGCCACACCAGGGCUUCCAGGCGCACGUGGACCGAUACCGAAACAGCCAAGUGAUGCACAAGAGCGUGCCGGAUGAGUACCGGCCGGUGAUUUUUGCCAACGGCGUCCGCCAGCGAUUUCCGCCGCCGACCAAGUUCAUCAAACCACCUCAGGAUCGUGCGCCCACAGCGCAACUAGACAAGCAAGGAGCCAAGAUAUAUACUGCCUGAGCACAGACUUGCAACGCUGGAGAGGAGGAGGAGAGUGUACAGCAUAGAUACAAUUUUGGGUGUUCUCUGAAUCGAAUCGCCCGUUGUAGACGCA